GAAAUUUCGUACAGUUACUUACAAGUUUUUUGUACGUUAUUUACGAAAAUGGCAUACAAUAUACACAUAUCUGGACCAAAAAUGAUUAUGCAUAACAAAACUUUAGCAGAAAUGUUUAUAAAUCAAUUGAAUAACAACGAGGGUCUUUUCGGAAUCGACUGUUCGACUGGUAAAGAGUACGGUUAUCAAAAAUUGAAAAAAGACGUUUUAGCAGUGACUACUGCAUUUAAAAAAUAUGAACUUGGACAUGGAGACGUCGUAAUGAUGACAGAUUAUGGUUCGUACGAAGGACAAGUAGUUAUGUUAGCUGGAAUUUUGAUGGGAACCACUAUAGCUGCAUUGGAUCCCAAUUUAAAAAAAAGUGUCUUGAUAGAGCUCAUUAAUGAGUCCAAGCCAAACGUAUUAUUUUGUAAUACGUUUAGUAUAAAUAUAAUGACAGAUAUUUUAAAUAAUAUCACAAGUCAACCGAUAUUGAAGAUUUCUACUAUAGUUUGUGAUGGUUUUACUACCUAUUCAAGUAUAGUGGUUGCGGUGGAAGACAAUUUGUUUAUUCGUCCGAUAAAAUCAAAAAACCCAGUUGGCCCAUGUGCUAUUGUAUAUUCGAGUGGUACUACAGGAACUCCGAAAGGAAUUUAUUUGUCGGAUAACGCUUUGAAAUCAGCUUUAAUAUCGUUCAAGCAAUCGUUGAUGGAAGAACCUAUUGAAAACAAAUUUAUGAUGACUUCACCUAUAUUUUGGUACACGGGAAUGUUAUUAAUGAUGCUCAGUGUUCAUUUUGGCAAACCAAGAUUAUUCUUCUCGACAAAUCCGACCACUGAACAAAUACUUUGUUCAAUAGACAAAUUUAAACCAACAUUUUUGAUGACUGGUGUAGCUGCAAUCAAUAAAAUGAUGUUUUGUCAGAUAACAAAUGGUCACAAAUAUAAUAUACAAAGUUUAAUGACAUGCGUGGUUGGUGGGUCUCCGAUGCGAGCUGAUUUACAAAAGACAAUAGUAAACAAUUUACUGCAGGGAAGGAUACCGAUUAAACAAGGGUACGGUGCUUCUGAACAAGGUAUUAUAGCCGUUUGGUCUAUGGAUUCAGAUAUAAGUACCGUCAAAGACGGAUCUGUUGGGAGACCAGCAGCUGGUAUAGAAAUCAAAAUUGUUAACUUGAAAACCGGCAAAUGUGUUGGUCCCAAUACUGAAGGCGAAAUUCGUAUUAAGUCGGUGUCCAACAUGGAGGGAUAUGUCAACGAUAUGAAAAAAACGAUUUGUUCGUACGACGAGGAUGGUUGGUUCAAAAGCGGCGAUGUUGGAUAUUACACGGACGACUGCUGUUUGUUCAUUGUCGGGCGGAUUAAAGAGUUGAUGUUUUACAAUCACAAGAGGAUCGCACCAAUUGACAUAGAAACCGUUUUAUUAAGUCAUCCUGCGGUACUCGAUGCCGGAGUGACGGGCAAAAAUAGUGUUCACGGAGAUUUGUUGAUAGGAGUUGUCAAAGUCAAACCGGGACAAAAUAUCGAACCCGAAAAACUCGUAUCGUAUGUCAAUGAUAGAGUGAAUGACCACGAGAGACUACGCGGUGGUAUUAUAUUCGUAGACGAUGUGCCUAGAUCUCCGGCCGGUAAAUUGAAACGUGAAGAACUUCUAAAUCUCAUACAAUAAUUGUAUUUACAUACAAUUUAGGUAUUAUCAAUUAAAAUAAAAUGUAAUAGGAAAAAAAAUAUAUAACUAAACUACUUAUCAUUUUAUGACUAAUAUAAUAUGUAGUUUGGUGAGAGUAAAAAAAAAGACGGUUCAUUAAAAAUUAAGCAAAGUUUAAUAAUGUAUUAACCCAGUUAAGAAGAAAAGUGGUUUUUCCAUACUUUAAAAUACUUAUUUAUUUGUUUCCUUAGCAUAAUAUUUUGAAAUAUUUAUACAUUUUGAAAAGAGAAUAACAAUUAAAUUAAAUUUUAAACUAAAAUUAUAAAAAUUUUAUUUCGAGAUAGACUUUUGCAAUUGUUUUGAAUUUUAAUUACAUUAACGUUUUUACAAAAAGUUGUUACCAACACAAAUCGAAAAAAAACUUUAAAAAUUCAAAAAUGGUUCUGAAUAAUAUAUUAAAUUCUAUCAUGUCUAGAAAUAUUAACAUUUUGUGAAAAUUUCAAGUAUGUAAGAUUAGUCAUCUUUAAUUUAAGUACAACGAAAAACAAACAACCAUUGAUGUUUGUCAAAAAUUGGUGUUGCAUAAAAAUAUCCGAUGUCCAUUAAAAUAUUUUCUUUUUUUGGUUAUUAAAAUGUGAAUUUUUUACUUUUGACUCUGUCCUUUUCCUAACUACUAUCCUAAUAGUAACUAGAUCCAAUUUUGGACCGAACCGUUCCAAAUCACUAACUAAGUUAAAUAUUGAAGCAUUUUUAAUACACCAAACGAUUAUAACAGACACUUAGAUACUAAAAAAAAACAACAUAGUACUCAUUGUAGAAUCAGUUCAUAACUCAAUCAGAAUAUGAAUUUAUAUACAAAAACCAUCAUUGUAUAAAGCGAUUCUAUCCAGCGACAAAAUUGUACAACCUGUAGUAUGUACGUAUAAUUACUAAUAAUUAAGAUUCGAUAAAUUAAAAUCUAUAGCCUAAUUAGUUUUUGAAACAUAAUAUUGUACAAUAAAACAAUUGUUGGAUUACAAGUGAUUAAGUAAACAUAAAACAAUAAAAAAAUAAGUAAAUAAAUAAUACUCUAACUGUUAGAGUCUAACAGUAUAAUUCUUGGCUCACCGAUAGCACACAUUUCGCUAACAAUUUUUAACGUUUUUAUGAUUUUAUUUGAAAAAAAAUUUUCUUUACGAAGUUUAAUAGUAUGAGUUAUCGUUUAUUUUUAUUAUUGUAUAAUAUUAUUCCAUGUUUAUUACCAAAAACAGUUAUAAUUCGUUAAGAAAUGUACGAAAUAAUUAUUAUGUAAACAAACCCUCAUACUUCAGUCGGCGGCAAUAUUCCAAUGACGUCAGAGAGGUACCGUUUAACGUCGCCUCUGAAUUGUUACUUGUGUGUAAUUGAUUCGAGAUAUAAGCGUUGAUUGCCAAUAAGGGAUGGUUUAAGACUUUUU